AUGGGGCUCGAUGACUUGCACCUGCGCGUACUUGCAACAUCCUCGGAAGACUUGAAGGAAAAGAGAAACGCCCAGAAAGUUUUGAAAUUGAUGCAAAAAGGGCGGCACUGGGUUCUUGUGGUACUGUUGUUAGGAAAUGUGAUCAUCAACGAAAGUUUGCCAAUCUUUUUGGAUAGCGCCUUGGGUGGAGGAGUCGCGGCUAUUGUUAUUUCUACCGCUGCUAUCGUUGUUUUCGGAAUCAUUCCCCAAGCUGUGAGCGUGAGGUACGGAUUGGCCGUCGGUGCGACGUGUGCCCCUUUGGUGCUCUCGAUGAUGUACAUCUUCGCUCCCAUCGCUUGGCCCAUAGCUAAACUUCUCGACUAUGUGCUUGGUGCUGGAGAGCAUCACACGUACAAGAAAGCUGAAUUGAAGUCCUUCCUGCAGUUCCACCGGACCGGUGAAGAGCCGCUUCGUGAUGAUGAAAUUGCCAUCCUGAACGGCGUUUUAGAGUUGAACACUAAGAACGUUGAGACUAUUAUGACCCCUCUCAAGGAUACCGUCAUACUGAGUGCGGAUACGAUCUUGGAUCAUAAAGCCGUCGAUGCAAUCAUGUUGAGCGGCUAUUCGCGGUUCCCCGUCCACGAACCCGGAAAUCCGCUCUCCUUCGUUGGUCUUCUGCUCAUUAAGAAGCUCCUUACCUACGAUCCCAGCAAAGCUCUUCCUGUCUCUGCUUUUCCAUUGGGAAUCCUGCCUGAGGCCCAUCCAUCCAUUAACUGCUUCCAGGCUUUGGACUACUUCCAAACAGGUAGGGCGCAUUUGCUUUUGAUCAGCCGUACGCCUGGUGUUGCUGGAGGUGCGAUCGGUGUCAUCACACUCGAAGACGUCAUCGAGGAAAUUAUCUCGGAGGAGAUUGUGGACGAGACAGAUAGGUAUGAAGACAACCAAAGUAAAAGACGCGCUAAACGGGCCACGACGGCUGCUGUCAUGCGAGGCAUCGUGGAACGCCAGAGACGCGCCACACAAGACUCAGAAAGGACGCCACUAUUGGUCGACACGUCAAUACCGAACGCUUCACAAGAAGGAAAUACUUUAUACGGGACUACGAACGGAGUAGUCAGCGAGUCACCGAAAGAUUCGUAA